GCAUUCACCGGAAGCACUGUGAGCAAGCAUCCCAAUACCAAACAACCCUUUGAGCAUACACAACAAGACCGAAGAACAGCUUGAAAGAAGGUGAUAACUAUGUAUGUUGUUCUCCGACCCGGCAGGUCCUAUGGACCUGUCCAGAAUGCAAUUGCAGUCCUGAAUCUCCUCUCAUUGCUUGUGGGGAUGAUUCUGCUGUUUGUUGGCACAUUUGUGUAUUUUGCACCUGGUGCAGUUUUCGUUACCUCUACGCUCCUACCCCACCUGGUUCUUGUCCUGGGCGCCACCAUCUCGUUGGUCUCCUUCCUGGGAUACUAUGGCGUCAUGAACGAGAAACGCUGGGUCCUAUGGCUUCAUGGUCUUAUCCUGUUGAUCGCCAUUGCUCUGCAAAUUACGGUUGGAGCCAUUGCAUUCGUUUACAGAAACCAAGGAACCGAAGUCUUAGACAAUGCCUGGAACCGAGUCUACAAGUCCGACCCCCGUGUCAUCCAGGAUUUGGAGACUUUUUUCCAAUGCUGUGGAUUCGAACAUGUGCUGGACAGGCCUGUGCCGGUGACCUGUGCUCUAGACCACCACUAUAUGACAGGAUGUCGCGAGAACAUCCAGACAGCCUUUCAGGACAGCCUGCAAGCAAUUGGGGUGAUUGGGGCCAUCCUGGGUAGCAUUGAGCUGGUCAGUCUGUUGGGCGCCGCAGUUUUGUUCCACCGCUUUGAUAAGUAUCGGUACCAGCGUGAGCAGGAAGAAGGCGAGGAAUCGUUGGUUAGGGCUUUAUUGGAAGCCCAGCAUGUGGACCAACAGAUUGAGCAAGCACGUCGUGAGCGCGAACGAGAGUACCGAGCGUUGGCUGCACAGCUGAGGGCGCAGACAAUGGCACGAGCGCACGAGGAGGGGCUGCUGGAUCCCCACUCCCCAAAAGAUGAACUCUAUGGCAAUCAAGGAAGAGGGUCGGGUGAUCCUCCGCCCUACGGAACCUUCGAUUCGCCGUCCGGACGUCACAAGUCGAGCAACCGUCGUCGUUAAGGUUGCAGCUUAGCUAUGACAUUUUAGCAGAAAAUGGCGGACCCGGGAUCCUGUCCCCGGAAAUGAUAUGCAUUAUGGGCGCUUAUUUUCUUUUUAGCGCUGCAGUAAUUCCAACUGCACAUGUACAUAUUUGAUGAAACGGAAUUGCAAUUGAACACAACAACAUGGCCGCGUCUGAACAAAUAAACUAUUGAUGUCAAUCAGAGCCAAAUAUAAAGGUGACGGGACCUGAUGGGCCCUUGAUUUAUAGUGAUUAGCAAUAAUGCCAUCGUGUGUACGCAAGGGCUCUGUUUUCGAUUUGCGCUUCUACAUGCAGUUUCCCAGGACACCAAACUUUUUAUCGCAUUAGCAACCGACGUAGCAUGAUGGAUUAUGCAAAUAAAUAAUCGGCCAUUAAGCAUAGACUAUUGCUUUAUU